UGACAACAAGGGGUAUCACAGCUCUGGAUGAGACCGACAGACACAUCUUGUUUGGACCACAAGGAGCAUGUACGCCCGAGGGACCGUGUAUGUCAGGGCACAGGACGCCUGUGGGUCCAGAAAUCUUCUUUGUGGUGUCACACCGCAUAGAACUCUUUGUGUGACUGCAGCAGGGACGGUGGAUGAUGGAAAGUUAGAUGGGAGGGAAGGAGCUGAGCGUACAGGAGUUCGAAAGAAGGGUGUGAAUGGACGGGUGCGGAGCUUUGAGGAGAUCCCUCACACAGGAAGGAGCGGCUGGGUCAACUUGGUGAAGUUCUGGAGAGAAGAUCGUUUCCGGCAGCUCCACAUGCACAUGGAGAAGACUUUCAACUCCCUCGGCCCCAUCUAUAGGGAGCACGUGGGCACCCAAAGCAGUUUGAACAUCAUGUUGCCGUCUGACGUCGGUGAGCUGUUUCGCUCAGAGGGCCUGCACCCUCGACGGAUGACCCUGCAACCCUGGGCAACACACCGAGAGAUUCGCCAGCACAGCAAGGGAGUGUUCCUCAAGAACGGUGAGGAAUGGCGAGCUGACCGUCUACUACUCAACAAGGAGGUGAUGAUGAGUGCUGCCGUGAAGCGCUUUCUCCCCCUGCUUGAUGAGGUGGCGAGGGAUUUCUGUGGAAUGCUGCGGGCAAGAGCGGAGAGGGAGGGAAGAGGCGAUGAGGGGAAACGCAGUCUGACCAUGGAUCCCAGUCCUGACCUCUUCCGCUUCGCACUUGAAGCCAGCUGCCAUGUGCUCUACGGGGAGCGUAUUGGCCUCUUCUCCUCUUCUCCCUCCUUGGAGUCGCAGAAGUUCAUCUGGGCCGUGGAGCGGAUGUUGGCAACCACUCCUCCCCUCCUGUACCUGCCCCAUCGCCUGCUGCUCCGCAUGGGCGCUCCCCUGUGGACCCAGCAUGCCAGUGCAUGGGACCACAUCUUCAGCCAUGCGGAGGCGAGGAUCCAGAAGGGGUACCAGCGCCUGGCAUCCUCCCAGGAUGGAGCAGCUGGAGGCCAGUACACCGGAGUUCUGGGCCAACUCAUGGAAAAAGGGCAGCUAUCUUUAGAUCUCAUCAAAGCCAACAUCACUGAGCUGAUGGCUGGAGGAGUCGACACGGUGUGUGUGUGUUUUUGUCUUCUUCGGCCUGCGUUUGUAUACCUUACCCUAACUGAUUCCAUGUCACGUCUCAUCCCAUCCUCUCUGCAGACAGCGGUGCCCCUGCAGUUUGGUCUGUUUGAGCUAGGCCGUAACCCAGAGGUGCAGGAGAGGGUGAGGCAGCAGGUGAGGGCAUCAUGGGCACAGGCUGGUGGUGAUCCUCAGAAAGCCCUGCAGGGGGCGCCAUUACUGAAAGGCACAAUAAAGGAGAUUCUCAGGUUGUAUCCGGUGGGAACAACAGUGCAGCGGUAUCCGAUCAAAGAUAUUGUUCUUCAGAAUUACCACGUACCUGCUGGGACCAUGGUCCAGGUCUGCCUUUACCCCAUGGGAAGGAGUGCGAAGGUGUUUGAGGAUCCGCAGCGCUUUGACCCCGGCCGGUGGAGCGGCAGCAGAGAGGAUGGCCAAAGAGGCGAGGGGGCAGGGUUUCGCUCCCUGGCGUUUGGAUUCGGGGCGAGGCAGUGUGUCGGAAGGAGGAUCGCUGAGAACGAGAUGCAGCUCUUGCUCAUGCAUAUCCUGCUGAGCUUCCAUCUCAGCGUGUCGUCCUCAGAGGACAUCAAAACCACAUGCACCCUCAUCCUCCAGCCUGAGACUCCGCCACGGAUCACCUUCAGCAAGCUCUGACACAGGAACACACAGAGAACAGAGUCAUGCUAUCAACAUUUAACAUGUUUAAUGGCACAGUUUGUCUCCUAAUCUCCCAAACAUCAUAGCCAGAUUCCUGAUUAUUCUCUCUGAAGCUUAUACUGAGCAACAAUUUGCAUUCAUAACGCUGAUGAAUAAAGAAGCAUUUCCUC